UGUUUCCGCCUCUCUCCCGGCCAGUUUCUCCGCAGGGUGCGCAUGCGCGUUUCGGUCUCUCCCUUUAAGAGCAGCGGCGUCUCUUACCGGCAAGAUGGAGAGUAUAUUGUACAACCCACUACCUCAGCAAACGGCAAAACUACUUAACAUCCAGCCUCAAGGGCCAAAGGAAGCCGAGGCUUUCGUGAAGGCUUUUCUGAAGCGCAGCAUGCCCCGGAAGAGUGACGAAGACAUCCAGGACCUCCUUACCCGAAAAGCUGUCGUCCUUGAACAUUUCCACAAAAGGAGGAAACGGCAGAAGAGGAGAAGGGGGAAAGGGUUCUCAGCCAGACACAGGAGAGCGAUGCGGCUCUUUGAGAUUAAACCGGAACAGCAAAGGUAUGAGUUAUUUGUUCCAUUGCAUGAACUAUGGAAACAGUACAUCAGAAGUCUCUGCAACGGACUCAGUCCUGAGACGCAGCCGCAGAUGAUUCAGACCAAACUGCUCAAAGCAGAUCUUCAUGGAGCUCUCAUUACAGUAACAAAAUCCAAAUGUCCCUCCUACGUUGGUAUCACGGGCAUCGUUCUACAGGAAAUGAAACACGUUUUCAAAAUUAUUACAAAAGAAGACAAGCUGAAAGUGAUUCCAAAGCUUAACAGUGUCUUCAGCAUAGAGCUUGAUGGCUUUGUAUCCUACAUCUAUGGCAGCAGAAUCCAGUUCCGAGCCAGCGAACGCUCAGCAAAGAAAUUCAAGGGAAAAGGAACACUUGAUCUCUAGCUUUUUCUGAAAAUUCAAGGAAUGGUGCAUAACUUCCUUCAAAUGGAAAGUAUUCAUAGCCGAGAAUUCAAAACAAAAGCAGUGUGUAUCAGAGGUCUUUCUUAAUGUAUGCUUUAUGUUUUUGUAUUGUGUAAAUUAUUUGUUUUUAAACUUAUUGUUAAGUAAAAUUUUUCCACCACCUUG